UCGGCGGCGCUCGCCGCUCCCGUUCCCCCGGCCCGGGCUCUUUGUCGGUGUGUGCCGCGGGGGUCGGCAGCGCCAUGUCCUCCCCCAAGAAUGGCUUCUACCGGCAGGAGAUCACCAAGACGCUCUGGGAAGUGCGGGACCGCUACCGGGACCUGCAGCCGGUGGGGUCCGGCGCCUACGGAGCCGUGUGCUCAGCCGUCGAUGGGAGAAGUGGUACCAAAGUGGCCAUCAAGAAAUUGUACCGCCCGUUUCAGUCUGAGCUCUUUGCCAAACGAGCUUACCGAGAGCUGCGUCUCCUGAAACACAUGAAGCAUGAAAACGUCAUUGGAAUUGUGGAUGUGUUCACACCAGAUGUAACACUGGAGAAGUUUAAUGACUUCUACCUCGUCAUGCCAUUUAUGGGAACAGACUUGAGUAAGAUAAUGAAGCAUGAGAAAUUAACUGAAGAUCGAAUCCAGUUCCUGGUAUAUCAGAUUCUGAAAGGCUUAAAGUAUAUUCACUCAUCAGGCAUAAUUCACAGGGAUCUAAAGCCUGGAAACUUGGCCGUAAAUGAAGACUGUGAAUUGAAGAUCUUGGAUUUUGGAUUGGCAAGGCAUACAGACAGUGAGAUGACUGGCUAUGUGGUUACAAGGUGGUACAGAGCCCCGGAGGUCAUACUUAACUGGAUGCAUUACACUCAGACAGUUGACAUCUGGUCUGUGGGCUGUAUAAUGGCUGAGAUGAUAACAGGGAGACCUCUGUUCAAGGGAAAUGAUCAUCUGGACCAACUCACAGAAAUAAUGAAAAUAACAGGUACACCAACUCAAGAUUUUGUUCAAAAAUUGCACAGUCAAGAUGCAAAAAAUUAUAUCAAAAGCCUCCCAAAAGUCCAGAAGAAAGAUUUUGCAUCCAUCUUGAAGUAUGCAAAUCCUUUGGCUGUAAACCUUUUGGAGAAGAUGCUGGUGCUGGAUGCAGAGAAGCGAGUCACGGCAGCUGAGGCUUUGAUGCAUCCUUACUUUGAAGCAGUUCAUGAUCCUGAGGAAGAAAUUGAUGCUGAGAAAUACGACGACACAUUUGAUAACAUGGAUCUUCCACUAGAUGAGUGGAAGCGCAUUACAUAUAAAGAGAUACUGAACUUCAAGCCACCACAGACACUGGACUCAAAGGAGACAGCAGUGUAAUUAUAUGGCUCGGUAUUUUCAGAAUUCUGAGGAAGGCAGAAAAGUUGUAAAUGUUUGUGACAUUUCAGGUGUAUAAACUUUUUAUAAAUAAGCUCUAUGUAAUCUGUUUCAUCUGCACUGUAAGAAAAAGCAAUGUCCUUUACUCUGCAUGUGGAAGUUGGUGCCUUUGGGCAUAGCAUUUAAAAAAUAUCCAAAAACUUAUUUCUGCCUGCAACUUCUUCCUUCUGCACGAAAGGACUCCGACUGCAACAACCUGAUGCCAUGCUCAAAAGAGCAGGACUAAUUCUUCAACUCAGAGAUCAGAAGAGUACAAGUUACCACCCCAGGCAAGCUGAGAACACAGUAUGUCUGAUGUGCUGUGACUGCUCUCUAAGGCCACAGAACUGUCAUGAACACAAGAAGUACUCAUGUGACAUCCUCUGAGAUGCCUGGGAAGGCUAAUCAUCUGUUAGCUCAGGGACUGCAGUGGGUAGCAGAGACACAGCCCAAAUGAGUGCCUGUGUCCCCUGUCCUGUGUGAGCAGAAGAGAAUCUCAGAAGUGUUGAUGUCCUAGAUUUUCUUCACAGUAACCAGCAUAGCAGGACAAGAUUUCAUAAACUUGCUAGGUGAAGAGUCACUGGAUAUAUAAUCACUGUAUAGCAUUUUUCUUUGAAUACAGUGCAUUUUCUUUGUAUAGUAGACUAGGGAUCAAGGAUUUUCAGGGAGAAAUUUCUUCAGAUUUUCUAGAAUUUUGUAGGCUCUCUAACAUCUUAGUAUUGAAAUUAUCUUGGACAAUCAGCAGUGCUGAUUUUAAAAAUAAAGCUGAAUGUGGGUCACUUUAUGGAAAAUGUAAUGAGGAUCAAAAUUAUAUACUGCAGCUCUUUGUCAGGAAUACCUGCAGCAAGUGGAGUUUUUUCACAGUGUACAAAACUCUUAUCAAGUGAAGAAUGAUAAUUAUUCCCUUUUUAUACCCUUUUGAACUCAUCUUGGUAAAACCUUCAGAUCUUUUGUUGAGAGGUAUCUUAGCAGGAGUCAACUUCCUUAUGGGUUAGAUGCUUCCUGAAUUCCUCUUGUUGUCCUGUAACUGUAUUUUCCUAGGUGCUUUGUAAGAGUCUCUGAGAGGUGGGAAAAAAAUUUGCAAACUUUUGUGAAGAAUUUCUAGGUGAAAUUGCUUGUCUUUCUUAAAGUUUGUCUUCACAGCUGACUGUUUGGAUAUGAGUUAUUCCCAAUGUAAUACACUCUGGUAUGUUAGUGCUGAGUGAAAUGAAUGUGAAAGAAGACAUUUGCUCUUAGCAGGUAGUAACUGGAAAAAAAAUUUACUUGGGUUUUAUUUUUUCUUUAAUAACAAAUAUAAAUCAUAAGUUCAAUAAAGGCACAGUUACUCCGUUUCUUUCAAUUAAUGUUUGAAUUAAACACCUGUAAAUAUUAGCAUUUGUUUAAAAAUUGUUUGUGAUGAGAGUUGAUUAGCUAGGUGGACACCUAGAGAGACUAAAUAGUAACAGAAAUCUUAAAUUCAUGUAUUUGACAAGUCAUUAAAAACUACAGUUUCAGGAAUGAAAAAAGGCAGAGAAUGUAAACUGAAUCAAAAUAUUUUUCCAAAUUAUAGGCUCCUCACAGAGGAAGGCAUACUUAAGAGUCAUACCCCAUUUUGCACUAUGGAUUUUCUGCUUGGUCUACACUUCUAUGUUAAAGAUAAACUUGUAUCUUUUACAGAAUAGAUGUUUCCUCUUAGGUUCUUUUUCUGUGGUCUUCUUAAAAGUUGUAGGAGGAAAGUGCCUAUUGGAGUUAGUGGUGUUGAUAGACCAAGUCAAUGGGAAAUGAAAAAUGUCAAAACACUUACUUAAAUAUCCUGCCACUAUAUUUUAAAUAGAUUUUAGCAUCCUAAAUUCUAGCAAAUGCCUAAAGUCUGGAGAUAAUGCAGAUGGUUCAAAUGUUAGUCUGACUAGGAGGCAGCAUUUUUUAAUAGAAAAAUUGCAUUGCAUUUUCUUCCUAAAGGCUAACACUUCAGUGGGCAUUUCCACAAAGUCAAGCCUUAAAAUCCUCCAUUGGCUGAGAUGAACUUUUCCCUGUCUUAAUUUUGGAGAAGCAACCAGCACACUUGAGAAAGACAUAAAAAGAUAAUAUUAGCUUUUCUUGCUAGUGAAGGAAUAUAGAAUUUCUAAAGUAACUGAAGACCUUGAUGCAUAUGUCAGUAAAGACAGAAAUACUGCUGUGCCAUCAGCAAAUGGCAAAGGCAACAUCAAGUUGGUCAAGAAGUUUCUGUGAAGAGAUUGAAUUCUGCAGAAAUGGCUCCAAGUGGCAGUAGAGAUCAUUAAAAGGACUGUGAGGUGAAAGCAGAAAAGGGAGCCCCUUUCUCCACUGGACUCCAGAGGAAAACCGGAUUUCUCCACAUCACCACUGGACCUCCGGAGGGA